GGUCCCUCCAAGCCGAGACAGAACUGGCGGGAGAAGCGUCAGGGGCUGUGGAUCUUGCCAGUCUCGCGCCAUCCGACCUCACCGGUGUCAGUGCAGUCGACUACGUCCGUCUCGUGCGGUUGCACAAACGACGGCGUACUGAGCUCACGCAAGCGAUCGAGAAGUGGCUCUCCCACCGUUGCAAGACCUGUCAGCACUCCAAUUCCUGGGCAGCACAGUACCGUCAGCGAGCGCUCGCAGAGAUCCAGCGCCGUCCGAGUGCCCGCAUCAUCCUUGGAGAAGAGUUUAUGGCUCGGAAUGCCGUGGCGGGCGUAUGCGCGACGUGUGACGUGCACUGGGCGUUUAUGGAGGGAUGGAAGGAGCUUCAGAGCAUGUGUAUGCCAGGGAAGAUUACGUACUUUGUCCCACCCUCGAGGACGGUGAGCCCAACAGAGACGAACACUUCUUCUAUCGCUUCUACACCAGCGUUCGAUCAGGGCGAUGUUGUUCUGCGCAGUUCGGACGGUGUCUCGCUGCACGCAUGGAGACGGAUCCUCUCCGAGUCUUCUCCGUUCUUCCGGGCCUUGUUCGAUCUCCCGCAGCAGGACACCUUCCCUGCCGACUCGCCCGAAUGUGACUCAUCUCUGCCGGUCAUAGACUGCCAAGAAGAUACCUCUACCCUUACAUCCCUGCUUCAGCUCAUCUAUCCCCUCCCCAACCCGACCUUCCUGACAAUAGACGAACUCGUGCCCGCGCUCGAAGCCGCGCACAAGUACGACGUUCCGUCUGCCGUCUCCACCCUUGUCACCCUCUUACGCUCCCGGAAAUUGCUCGCCUCCGAUCCGGUGCGUGUCUAUGCCCUCGCUCAGCGCUAUACGCUUCCCUCCCUUUCCCGCGCGGCCGCCUCCGCCUGCCUCCACACAGACCUAGACGACACCUCGGAGUCCUCCGUCCUGCACCUCUCUGCCAGCGCGUUCACUCGCCUUCUAGCGUGGCGCAACGCGCACUCACAAGCGAUCCGCAAAGCGCUCACGGACACGCCGUUCGCCUACACCUGUGGAGUAUGCCGUGAGCGGUGGACAGCCCGCUGGCUCACCCUAGCGCUGUACGAAGUUGCCCGCCGCCCGGUUGGGGAAGUCAUUUUUUCCUGGGAAUUCAUACUCCAAGCGAUGGACAUGGAGCGCCCUGCAUCUGUUGGGGGGCACUACGUAAGUGGGUUUGGUACGGGCCCCACUGCUGCCACCUGGGGAGGUGUGGCAGUAGGCUCGGGUCAUUAUUGUGCGAAUGCGGUGACGGAGGGGGAUAGAGAGUGGAUGAGGGCUCUGAAUAUGAGAGUGGCGGAUUUGGAGGAGGAGAUGCCGGAAAUGAUGGUGUCCUGAGGAGAUUUGAGAGUCAAAGUGAGAAUACUCCUGAUGACUCCGGCUGUGAUACAUGCUUGAUUCUG